AGUAAACAGCGGUUGGUGGAGAUUUUCGCAUUUAUUUCAAAUACAACUCCAUAUUAAUAACAAACAGUUGCAAUGGUGCGCUUUUUAAUCUUCGCUAAUAUCUUUUUAGUCCAAUGGAAGUGUUAAUUAUGUGUUGAUAAAAUAUCGUGCAAGUGCAUUCCUUAUUGUGUAAACCCAGUCGUGAAUUAUUUAAAAUAGUUUAUUCGGAUUUAACCGCCAACUUGGAAAUGGAUGAAAACAGUUAACAAAAAUGAGUUUCUUGAGAGAUUUUAUACAAGUACGAUGAAAAUCUUUGUUAGAAUGCGUUUCCUGUUUGAUCAAGAAAUUUGUAUUCUUCACAUUUGGGUGAUUCUGUACCUGUCCAUCCCCACCAUAUCACUAUAUUGUGACAAAUACUUCACCUACUACGAAGAAUAUGGAGAGAACUUCUUCAAUGUCACCUGCAGCGACAUCAGCAAAAACACCCAACACGUUUUGGAGAACAUCACGAUCAACAACGAAAUUUCAUUGACUAUCAUCGAUUCAUCACUUGAAAACGUCACCCCAGAUCUGUUCAGAAACGUGCGUAACAUCAAGAUACUAAGCAUUUUAAAUUCUCACUUUAGUUUUGAUCGAAAACAGUCAAUUUUUUACGAUCUAGAUUCUUUAGAAACUUUAGAAAUCAUAAACACAAGCUUUAGCAUAGAAAAUUCUACGCUAAACGGCUUGAAAAGUCUUAAAAAUAUCAAAUUCACUAACAACAGUUUAACUGUUAUACCCUCAUCAAGUUUAGAUCAGUUAGAUAACCUAGAAAGGCUAGAAAUAUCAGAAAACUUGUUAACAGAUGUUAAAAAUAUUCCUCUGUGUGGAUUAAGAAAACUUAAACUUUUAAAUUUAUCAAGUAACUUACUAACUAAUUUAGAUCAUUUUUAUUUUGACUGUCAUACCUAUAAGAAGAGGGUUGAUGUAAAUAUGGCUGAUGUUCCUUCUUUACAGUCUGACAUCUUUGAUUCAACUUUCUAUAACAUCACUACUGGAUCUCACGAUGUCACGGACUUAGAUUUAAGUAAAAACCAAAUAAAAUCUUUAGGUAUAUCUCUGAGUAAUCUCGAUAAAUUAAGGUUUUUAAAUUUAGGUUAUAAUAGUUUAGUUAAGGUAACUAAUGUACAGUUUCAAACACUAGUUAGUUUAGGGAAGCUCAGGUUAAAUAACAACAAACUUCAACAUUUGAAUAGCAAAAUAUUCGAUAAUAAACCUCGCUUAGUGUUUGUAGAUUUAUCUCAUAAUUAUUUGAACGAGAUUACUGUAUUUAAUGUUUCCAACCUUCAGUAUUUAUAUAUAGAACAUAAUAAUUUAGUCAGUGUUUCUUUUAAGAGUUUACCUAGUUUGAAAUAUGUCAGCUUAGAACAGAACGAUUUGGCUGAACUGACACCAGACGAAUUCCAGGAUUUGCCUAAGUUAUCCAGAAUGAAUUUGUCCGGAAACAAAAUAACUCUAACCAAAGGACUUUUUAAAAAUAUCCCAUCAUUAACAUUUUUGGAUUUAAGUAACAACUCUAUAACUAACAUCACAGAAAACGUGUUCAUGGGACUCAAAAAUCUGGAAAGUUUGGAUCUAUCCAACAACCAACUAUCUCAUUUAAGUGGAAACCCAUUCGUGGACAUAGAAAACCUGGAAUAUUUAAACGUGUCUUUUAAUUUAAUUGAAUCAUUAUCUUAUUUAUCUUUAGAGCCAUUGAGCAACCUUAAAACAUUAGACAUAGCCAAUAACAAACUUAAAUUCAUCGAGUAUGAUGUUAUUUUGUCAAAUUUGCCAGGGCUGACUAACAUUAACAUCAAAUAUAACAUUUUAACUUGUGAUAACUUGAAAAAAUUGAUAGUGUUUUUAAAGAAAAGGAAUAUAAGCUACACACAUAACGAGUACAUAAAUUUGGAAAAUAUAAAUCAAAAUAUUGCUGGAAUUCCGUGUCAGUCAGCGAACAGAAGUUUGUUAGUAGCUGUCAGUAGUAAAAAUAACGGUAGGAUAGCUCUGUUCGUGAUAGGAGUUUGUCUAGUUAUAGUUUUAGUGUCUGUUAUAGCUGGUAUUAUGUCGUACAAGUUUUAUAUUUAUUUGAAAAGGAGAAAAUACAGAGCUGACGAGUUCGAAUUGGUGGAUGAAUGAAUUUUUGUUAGAAAUAAAUUAUUAUUGCAU